AGAUGACGAGUUUAGCGGCUGCUGUUGCUGCUGCAGCUGCUGCUGCGGCGAACAGAGAUCCCGCCGUGGACCGGUCCCUGCGCUCUGUGUUCGUGGGUAAUAUUCCAUAUGAAGCUACAGAGGAGCAGUUGAAAGAUAUUUUCUCAGAAGUUGGGCUGGUGGUCAGUUUCAGGUUAGUGUAUGACAGGGAAACUGGCAAGCCCAAGGGGUAUGGCUUCUGCGAGUACCAGGAUCAGGAGACCGCCCUGAGUGCCAUGCGCAACCUGAACGGACGAGAAUUCAGCGGGCGAGCCCUGCGUGUGGACAAUGCUGCCAGUGAAAAGAACAAGGAAGAGCUCAAGAGUCUGGGCACUGGUGCCCCGGUAAUUGAGUCACCGUAUGGAGAGCCCUGUAACUCUGAAGAAGCCCCCGAGUCAAUCAGCCGCGCUGUCGCCAGCCUCCCCCCAGAGCAGAUGUUUGAGCUGAUGAAACAGAUGAAACUGUGUGUUCAGAACAGCCCCCAGGAAGCCCGGAACAUGCUUCUCCAGAACCCCCAGCUCGCGUACGCAUUGCUGCAGGCACAGGUGGUCAUGAGGAUUGUGGACCCCGAAAUCGCACUGAAAAUGCUUCACCGGCCCACAAACAUCCAGCCGCUGAUUCCGAACAGCCAGCCUGGUCAUGGAUCCGUUCCGAACCUGCCUCUCAACCAGCCCAACCCUCCAGUGUCUCAGCCUCAGCAAAUGAUGGGCAUGCAUGUGAAUGGAGCCCCUCAGAUGAUGCAGCCCGCUCAAAUCUUGGGAGGGGUGACGGUGCCAGGCCCUCUGGGUCCAGCAGGUGGCAUGCAGCAGCAAGUUGGCAUUCCUCAAGGAGGUCCUGUACCAAUGGACAGAGGGCAAGGAAGUCUUCAGCACUCGCCUGUAGGACCCGCAGGGCAGGCGCCGAUCGAGCGGCCUCAAGUGCCCAUGCCAGACCCCCGGGCCCCCAUGAGAGGGGGUCCCCCAGUGGCAGCUGUGCCUCCCCGAGGCUUGCUGGGAGACGGGCCGAAUGACCCCCGAGGGGGCACCCUGCUCUCUGUUACAGGGGAGGUGGUAGAGCCCAGCCGGGGGGGCUUCAUGGGUGCACCACCUCACCAGGGGCCGCCGAUGCACCUCCCCCACGAUGGACGAGGCCCCCCACCAGACAACCGCAUGGCACACGACAUGAGGGGUGGCCCUAUGGGAGAACCCAGGGGCAUGAUGGGAGAGCCCAGAGGACCAAUGAUGGAUCAGCGAGGGCCGCCAAUGGAGGCCAGGGGAGGCCGGGAUCCGAGAGGGGUUGAGCCCAGGGGUCUUGAUCCCAGGUGCCCUGUCCCUGCACCCAGGGUCCCCAUGCCUGGUGGAAUGCAGGGUCCGGGGCCACACAAUAUGGGAGCCAGUGUGCCUCAGCCUGCCAGACAGCCAGCGCCCGGUCUCCCUGUGGGGGCACAGCCAGGAGGUUUCAGCCCUGCCCAGAGUCAGGUGACCCCGCAGGACCAUGAGAAGGCUGCCCUGAUCAUGCAGGUCCUCCAGCUGACCCCCGAGCAAAUCGCCAUGCUGCCACCGGAGCAGAGACAGAGCAUCCUCAUCCUGAAGGAGCAGAUUCAGAAAUCAGCAGGAGCCCCCUGAGAAGAGAGGGGAGGGGGGGGAGCACCCCUGUCCCAUACAGAUAUAACUGUUUCCAUGGAAACCAUGUCACCUUCCCAACUUGUGACCAUGUGGGUGCUGUCUGAGUCCAACUCCACAAUAAAACUUUUUAUAGUGUUAUUUUUUGUUUGUAUUGCUUGGGGAUGGAAUCGAAUGUUAGCGGAAACAAAUUAAGUGUUCUUUGCAGCUGUUAAAGGCUUCAACAGAAACGAUCUGAGAAGAAGGUCUCAAUGGGGUACAGUAAAGACACAUAAUGGCUCAGUAGACAUUACAUGCUGGUACUGAUCCUGGGUUAGAUUGUUCUUAACAGUGUAGCUUGUCCACAACUAUUCCCUUUCGUGGUCUUGAGACUGAGGUUGGCAGUGAAAUCUGCCUUGCUUGUCUGUCUCGCCCCUGCUCAAACCCACUGAUCCGGGAUUCCACCUGUGAACUCUCAGAAGAGCGUCCGUUGAAGUUUCAGUAUUCUUAAUGUCUUGUUGCUUGUAAACCAACAGUUGCACAAUAAAUCUUUUUCUUUAUCUCU